UUAUGCAAUGCAGCACAAGUGAGCCUUGACGCUGACAUUGACAUAUUCAACUGUCACACUGCACCUCUUGUCAAUACAAUAAUAAGUGUACCUAAUUAUAAUUUUAUCUAUGUAAACACUUCAAAAUGAAAUUCUGGGACAAACUAUUAUCAAAAAAGGAUGAAAAACCAGGCGAUAUCGUCUCGAAAUUGCCUAAAGUUAAACUACCCCAGUUACCAAAAAGUUUCAAUCUAAAAUUGCCGACUAAAAUCGAUAUGAAAACUUUCACGGAUUUCUUUGGGGAGUUUGCGAAGAGUUUAAAGAAUCCUCCCCAUCGAAUGUCGGGAGAUGGGAAGAUCAGACCGGGUACACCCAUGAAGUAUCCGUAUACUUUUACGGCGAAAAUUGUUCAAUUUCCAUACAUGUAUUAUUAUAAGAAUAAUUGGAUGGCUCAUUAUUUGCCUUUUGGAUUUAUCGCUUGUUUACCUAUUAUAUGGUACAUUCAUAAAAAGAACGACGACAAUUACGACCCAUCAAAACACAUUAGUUAUCCGACUGCAAUUUUGAAAUCAUACGUUGAUGAUGACAUAUACAGGGACACCGUGUUAAGUGCCUGACAAAAUAAAUGUGAUUGACUUUACACUAAACAGAAAGAAACAAAAGACGGAUUUAGAGUCCGAAAGGCAAUUGAAUCACUUUAUUAUAUUUUAUAACAACGAAUUUUUAUCAUUUGUAAUUAAUUACAUAUAUUAAUGUCUUAUAAUAAAGUAACAAAAACAUUU